AAGGGCAGGAUUUGAAGCGCCGCGUUCAUUCGGCGUCGGACACGACGCCAUCAUGCCCAGGAUCCGCCGUCGUCUCCGUCCCCGGGCCGAGGACACCGUCCUAGUCGCCCUGUACUGCACCUGCGUCCUGGUGGUGCUCUCGCCAUCCUCGGUGAGCGCCAAGUCCAAGUUCGAGACUCUCGUUCGGAUGGAGGCCCUGGGGAACUGCCCCGAGUACCCCGACGUCCCCAACCGUUUCACACAUUCGAGCAUCUUCCCUGCCGGAAAGACCCAGUGGGCGAAGGCCACCUUCGUGUUCACAAAGAACUACACCAAGUUCACCAAGGCGGUGGCUCGCAUCAACAGGUGCGAAAACAGGAAUGACCCUCACUGCGAACCGUACCAGAACUGGCGCUUCGGAGACGAGACCUGUUCGUUGCUCACCAUGAAGGGCAUGAUCUGGACGCCACUGUUCCACCUCGUGCCGGCCCUGUCCUGCAACCCUAUCCGGGCGGGCACGUAUCGCCUAGAAAAUGUGACGGUCGAUGUGGAAAGGCUGAAGGUCAUAAACUUCCCGGACAAGGGCUACUUUAAGGUGGGCAUCGAAGUGGAUGCUGACAAGAUUGCGAGGGUAGUGUGUUACUACUUCGAGCUGUCGUUUAUGAAAGUUCGAAUCUGAAGGACACCUGCUUGCCCAGAAGUGAAAGUGAAAACAAGGGAUAUAUUAAUGGCUCACAAGUUAAUUUUAUGCUGAGGAAUAAACUCGUUAUCCCCUAAAAUAUAA